AUGGUGCGAUGCGUCUUUCGGUGGGUUCCCAUGUACGAGAUGUCGUUUGAUGAGAAGACAAUGCUGUGCGCGUGUUGUUCCCCUGAGAGCGUCACCAGUAAGAGUGUCAGCCCUGUGAUGUUGGGAGGGCAUUAUGGCCUAACAGAUGCAGUGGAAAUCCAAGUUAAGAGUGAAAGUGAAUACCUAAGGGGCAUGGCCGAGAACUCUCAAGUGCACCUUACAAGACCCCUCGAUAACCUCGUUACAGAGCUUCACGACUUUCUUGGGUUGGGGCAUCCAUCUCUUAGUUUUGUGCCGGUAUUGCCACGAUUUAUUCGGAGCAUGUCGGAAGAUAUCCAGGAAGAAGAUAUGGAAUAUCUGGAAUUCAAGGGAGUUUUUCGUGUGCCAGACACGAUUCUCCGGCAUGAACUCCUCAAAGCCUUUGUCGAGAGCGUCUAUCCAUUUCUUCCCGUUUUGGAUUUGGAAUCUUUCCUUCUUCCGGUCAUAUCCAAUGACGGGGUUCAGACCGUGAGCUUGCUCCUUUUUCACGCCGUUAUGUUUUCAGCAACAGCGUUUGUUCAGCUAAAGCACCUCCACAACGCUGGAUAUGAGACCAGAAAGGAAGCACGCGAACAGUUCUAUCUGAGGGCCCGAACUUUCUACGACUUUGACAUUGAGAAAGACCGAGUAGUACUUAUUCAGGCCCUUCUGCUCAUGACCUAUUGGCACGAAACCCCGGACAAUCCCAAGGACUCGCAAUACUGGCUCAAUGUUUGCUGGUCGCUUGGAGCUUCAAUUGGCCUCGACUGCGACCCUUCGACGUCGCCCAUGAACCCCCAACUCCAGAAGGUAUGGAAACGCCUCUGGUGGUGCCUGUAUACUCGCGAUACGUUGCUUGCUCUGAAUCUGCGACGACCAUUGUGUUACGGAAAUGAUAAGAAUAGGCUUCCUCUAAUCAGCCUGGAAGAAUUCAAUAUCGGUUGCCAUUUACCGAAGAUCAUUAUGGCGCUUGGCGAUUGCGACUUUCUCCAAAAUGUACAUCUUCAGCGACAUUUAGCGGUGGGCUUCAUUGAGAAAGCAAAACUGUCAACGCUCAUUUCUGACAUAUUAUUUUUCCGCGAUUAUCAGGAGAAGAAGUGGCGUCAAACUUCGCGAGACUCGUGCAAAGAUCGAUGGAAGGAAGCGUUCCAGGGUUUAGAAGCCUGGUGCAAAGAGCUUCCUGUAGAACUUCAAUAUGAGCCGCUACGAUCGGAAGAUUUGGGUCAUGCCACGAAGCUCCUCCAUGUACAACGUGCGUGGAUUCGGGUAAUAUUUCUCGCAACAAUAGGAACCCUUCAUCGAGAGGCCGGGAGUCCGCGAUUUCAAGGCUUGAGCUUACCGAGAGCGCAGUAUGGCCAGGUUAUAUGCGAGAUGUCAUCGAUCUUGCAGGAUCUGAAUCAACUUGGGCUUGUCCAAUAUCUCCCAACCACCACGGUUGCACUGCUCGUUCCGGUCCUAGCAAGGCUGGUGCUUGACUUCAAGGCCAACACCGGCUGCAUGGGAAUCGAAACUUUUGAACGAUUCUAUCAAGGUAUGCAAGUACUGGGGACGCUUGGCGACGUUUACUCCUCUGCGGUGACUGUACGGCGUUUCUUUGAGGGAACUCUCCACGGUGGAAAGCAGGGUUCCAGUUAUGUCUCCAUGCCGUCAGCCAUUCGGAACCUGCUUACAAAGAAGGAACAAGAUGCAUUCGCUACAAGUGAACUCACUGGAGUGCGAGGAAACAUCUGA